CGUCCGCUGCCGGCCGCCGCGGGAACCGGAGAUAAACAAACUGAGACUCAGCAUCAAGCGCCUCUUCUUCAUUGAGAUCGAACUCCAGCCCCAGCGCAGUCCCAGGUGAACUGGGCUGGGCUACAGCAGAUCCCUUUCACCUGGCAAAGGGCGUCGGAACCUCAGCUGUGCCUCGGUUUCCUCAGCUCUUACACUGUAGUUGCCUCCGUGAAAAUACGCAGACGGUGCUCAAAGCUGCGGAGACAGAACUGAAGUCACCCAUAAUUCUUGCAACCAGAAACAGAGCCCUGAUAGCAUUAUGAUGGACCUGCCGGCGCCGCCAGCGCGGGCACGGGCUGUCUUCACGUUGGCAGAGGGGUCCGGCUGCUGAGCCGACGCGUGUCUCCAGGAGGCCUGCGGGCCGCCCGAGUCCCUGCCUGUCUGCGAUGGGCCACCCAGCCGCGAGCCAGCGCCCAGGCCUGCCGGAGCUCCGGGCUUCAAGCCGACAGUCAUCAAGGCUGCUUAGCCGUCCACCCUCGGAUCAACCCAGGCCUGGUUCGUGGAGCUGAGGGACGCAUGAGCUGGGCCUCAAAUCCCAGGCGGCCAGCCCCAACAGGCGGAGGGGGCCAGGCCUCGCCAGGGAGAGCGCCCUGUGCCCCACGUAGCCAAGCCAUCGCUUCUGACAGUCCUUUGGGAGCUCCCAGGUGUGCUUCAGAGGGCAACGUGUCCCUGCUCAGACCUCAGUCCAUGGCCACUGCGCUCCUGUUUUGCAGGUGAGCAGCUGGCAGGCUGGGACGCAAGCCCAGGCCCGUCUGGCCCUGGACCCGUGGCUCUGGAAGCUGGUGUUGGCUCCGGCUGGUUUCGUGGGAGACAUUUUUCUUGUGGGAUGGGAAUGCCACCGGCCUGCCUGAAAGGUGACGCUCCUCUCCUGCAGACCAGCCAGUUCCCGCUGGAGGCUCCUGGUGAGAUCUGGGAGACCAUGUUCAAGGCCCCCGACCUCCUGCUGCGGCUGCUGCGGGGCGCCCCGAGGCAGCGGGUCUGCACCCUGUUCAUCAUCGGCUUCAAGUUCACGUUUUUUGUCUCCAUCAUGAUCUACUGGCACACUGUGGGAGAGCCCAAGGACCAGGGGCAACUCUAUAACCUGCCUGCAGACAUCCCCUGCCCCCCGUUGGCACCCCCCACCCCGCCCUCCAGCACCCCCGCUGCAGGCCACAUCUUCUUCCUAGAGACUUCGGACCGGACCAACCCCAACUUCCUGUUCAUGUGCUCGGUGGAGUCGGCCGCCAGGACUCACCCCGAGUCCCGGGUGACGGUCCUCAUGAAGGGGCUGCCUGGCGGCAACGCCUCCCUGCCCCGGCACCUGGGCCUCUCGCUUCUGGGCUGCUUCCCCAACGUGCAGAUGCUCCCGCUGGACCUGGAGGAGCUGUUCCGGGACACGCCGCUGGCGGCCUGGUACGCGGCCGCGCGGGGGCGCUGGGAGCCCUACCUGCUGCCGGUGCUGUCCGACGCCUGCAGGAUCGCGCUCAUGUGGAAGUUCGGGGGCAUCUACCUGGACACGGACUUCAUCGUCCUCAAGAGCCUGCGGAACCUGACCAACGUGCUGGGCACGCAGUCGCGCUACGUCCUCAACGGCGCCUUCCUGGCCUUCGAGCGCCGGCACGCGUUCAUGGCGCUGUGCAUGCGUGACUUCGUGGCCCACUACAACGGCUGGAUCUGGGGCCACCAGGGCCCGCAGCUGCUCACGCGGGUCUUCAAGAAGUGGUGCUCCAUCCGCAGCCUGAGCGAGAGCCGCUCCUGCCGCGGCGUCACCACCCUCCCCCCCGAGGCCUUCUACCCCGUCCCCUGGCAGAGCUGGAAGAAGUACUUUGAGGACACCAGCCCCGAGGAGCUGGCCCGGCUGCUCAACGCCACCUACGCCGUGCACGUGUGGAACAAGAAGAGCCAGGGCACGCACUUCGAGGCCACGUCCGGGGUGUUGCUGGCCCAGCUCCACGCCCGCUACUGCCCCACCACGCACGAGGCCAUGAAGAUGUACCUGUGAAGGGCUCACCAGGCCACCGCCCCAUCCACUCCGGAUGGAGUAGAGUGCCCGGCCUCCCUUCCCUGGGGGAAGGUGGCAGGGCCUGUGACAAGGAGGUGUGAGCUGGGGCCACUGGCCGGGCCAGGCUGUUGAGGAGUCGUUGCUGGAGCAACACAGCAGGCCCUGGGGACAGCCCCUUCGAGCCUGGGAGGCUGUGAACACCCAUGGGCCAGUGCCCUGUCUCAGGCCAGUGCCAACAAGCAGCACCAGCGCCAGCUGGAGUGAGGCCAGUAAGGGUCCCAGGCCUUCUGGAUGACAGGCAAGAAGAGCGGACCCCAGAGCACCUCCCCUGUGGUGCAGGGCAGCCGGGUGAAGCCAGGCAGUGGGGCCCAGGUGCCGUUGAGGGGAGCUUUGAGCAGCCGGUGCAAAGGGGACAGGAAGGAGGGGAGAGGUCCCAGGCGGAGGGGAGGGGGCAGCUGGUGGGAGGGCGGCCCAAACCCAGCCCCAGAGCUGAGAGGGGUCAGGAGGGUUUCAGAGGGGAUGGGCAGGGGCUGGCUGGGGGCCCUUUGCAGGGCGGCCCCUCCUGCCCACCCGUCCUUUCUGCUUUCCAGAGAUGCUGCGACAGGGACACGUGUCAGCUGCCCACCCCCAUGGGCGUGGGGCGUGGGGGUUCUGUUGGCUCAGAAGAAACAUUUUAAAGAGCCUUCCCCAUUAUAAACAUGGGAGAGUAAUAAAUGUAAAAGUGAGCCACUGACA